GCAGAGGGUAGGUUGAGAUUGACUGGCGUUAAUUUCUAAAAAAAAACUCCGUCUUACUUGCCCACUUAUAAUAAUCUACAACUAGCACGCUUGUGACUGCGAGUGUAGUUGAAUAAGGAAAUUGCAAAGUCAAGCCCGCCCAACCCCACCCAUCUCCUCAUUCCUAUGACAGUCCGUCGCCCAUUCUGAAUUCUGAAUUGUAAAAGCCUUUUCAUCACAAGUACAACUACAAAUACAACAACAUACAGCUGAGCAAUUUGGCAAUUACUUAUUUACUGCUUUCCUUCGUCUGAGGAGAGGAUAGCUUCAAUCAUCCAAAAAAAAAAAAAAGAUAUUGGGUCUCUCCAAAUCUUGGCUUUGCGUUAAUGGCGGAUCUCAAGUCAGCAUUUCUCAAAGUGUAUUCCCAGCUCAAAUCGGAGCUUCUUCAGGAUCCUGCUUUCGAGUUUACUGAUGAUUCUCGUCAAUGGGUUGAGCGGAUGCUGGACUACAAUGUGCCUGGAGGGAAGCUGAAUCGGGGACUUUCUGUAAUUGACAGCUACCGCCUGUUGAAAGAAGGAAAAGAAUUGACUGAAGAUGAGAUUUUCCUUGCAAGUGCUCUCGGUUGGUGUAUUGAAUGGCUUCAGGCAUAUUUUCUUGUUCUCGAUGACAUCAUGGAUAACUCUCACACCCGGCGUGGCCAACCUUGUUGGUUUAGAGUACUCAAGGUUGGUUUGAUUGCUGUAAAUGAUGGCGUUCUACUUCGCAAUCACAUAUGCAGGAUUCUCAAAAAUCACUUUCGUGGGAAACCUUACUAUGUAGAUCUGCUGGAUUUAUUUAAUGAGGUGGAGUUUCAAACAGCUUCAGGACAGAUGAUAGAUCUGAUUACUACACUUGAAGGAGAAAAAGAUCUAUCCAAAUACUCAUUGUCACAGCACCGCCGUAUUGUUCAAUACAAGACUGCCUAUUAUUCAUUUUAUCUCCCUGUUGCAUGUGCACUGGUUAUGUCGGGUGAGAAUCUUGACAACCACGUCGAUGUAAAGAACAUUCUCGUUGAUAUGGGGAUCUACUUUCAAGUACAGGAUGAUUAUUUGGAUUGCUUUGGUGAUCCUGAAACCAUUGGUAAGAUUGGAACUGAUAUUGAAGAUUUUAAGUGCUCUUGGUUGGUGGUCAAAGCAUUGGAAAUCUGCAACGAGGAGCAGAAGAAUGUGUUAUAUGAGAACUAUGGGAAACCAGACCCUGUUAAUGUUGCUGAAGUAAAGGCUCUAUAUGAUGAGCUCAAUCUCAAGGGUGUAUUUGCGGAGUAUGAAAGCAAGAGCUAUGAGAAGCUGAUAACCUCAAUCGAAGCUCAUCCUAGCAAAGCAGUGCAAGCAGUGUUGAAGUCCUUCUUGGCGAAGAUUUACAAGAGGCAGAAAUAGAGAGUAUCCAGUUUCCAAAGACAGAUACAGAUGAAGGGGGGAUGAUGUCAAACAUUCCCACUCUUGCAUGCUCAUUUGUAUUCUAGUUUUUAUAAUUGGCAGAUAAACCAAUCUUCUUGUAGUCUAUUUCAACAAAAAUUUGGUACUCCAGGAUUUGGAUUAUUGGGAUUUAAUAAGUGGAGUUCAUUCUUAUCCAAA